AGGUGAGUUUUCGUCUUCCCGCGUCGCAACUGAACAUUCAUUUUUACACUUCUUGGCCAUCGUCGACUCAGCAAUGGUACGCUGUCUGAUUUGUUCGGCGACAUCGGUGCUUGCUUACACAGUGGGCGCCGACGUGCAGCUCAUGCAGAUGUCAGUGCAUGGGCCGGACGGGUCAGAGGCGGCAACGCUACGGACUGAAGCUUUCACGGACCCAGGGCCUCAACGUAAUUCUGAUCAUUCUAGAGCCUGCAGAGCGGGAGUCACUGUUGGUUUCCAAGGGGGAAUUAUCAUGCAAACUUCGCAACAAUUAAGUAUCCUCCAGUUGAGUCCUAUGUACGCCAGUACCUCCGAUCGAUUGCAGGACAUCGCCGACCUAUCGCAUACCACAUAUUUACUUGUCAUAAUGCUACUGGAAUGCAGCUGUCUGGCCCACUUGGAGUUGCUACAUGGCGCAGAGCGGGCAAGAAAUGGUGCAUUGACGCUGGUUGGGCAAGAUCUCCACACAGCACUAAGUCGCGUGGUUGUGCCAUCCUGUCCGGCCCGCACAUCAAAAGGAGUUCCGUGGUGCAGACAUGUGUUGCAAGGGCUCCUGGACGAGGGGUGGCAUUGCGAGCGCGUUUCAAACACUAUGACGCAACAGCGAUUUUAGUCGAUGUCCCACCCUUGCCUUCGAAGGCGGGGCAGCUCAAGGCUUACUAUCAGACUUGCUGAUUAGCUUACCAACUGGAUGUGAUCAUUACCUUUCUGGAGUGUACACAUAUGUUUUCUCAUCGUGCGGACGGACCUUAAUUCUGGAUUUGGGCUUACCCGACUAGAAGGUUCAGAGUUAUGGCGGCCCACUGACAGCAUAUCUAUUGGCCUUCACCACGACAUGGUUCGCCAUAGAAACUCGGCGGAGGUUUUACCUCCAUUCUUGGAUCUACUUGACCUGGUGGUGCUCCACACCUUGCGAGGCUACGGGUCCACCUGAUUCAACAUUAAAGGCCAGGGCAUCCAGCUCGACUACAUAAUCCUUCGGUGCGCGUUUUCUCAGAUUCUUACGACAUGGCCUUUGAGACGCAUGGGAACGUUCUUUGCGGACGACCGCGGCCCGUGCACCCAGAUAUCACGUGCCAGUACAUGCCCGCGUCGCCUACUCCUUCUCCGACACGGUCUGGUUACCGACAACAGUUGUUGACCAUCCACGGUUGGAUUUCGUCUUGACCUUGUGCAAGUGGAACCGUGGUGCUCUCAUGGACGGACUACACAGAGGUACCCACCGGUGUCGAGUUUCUACUCAAUUUCGAGCAACGCAUCUCAGAGGACAUCGACGAGUGGAAGCAGUUUCAGCAAGAGGAGCAGACCCCGAAUCUUGACUGGCUGUAUGUACUACGAGUUGUUGGCGAGGCGGCCGCUCAGCAUUGCGCCGCCCCGCCUUCCUCGUCAUCCGAAUGUCAAAAACGAGCUGCGCACGUCAGCUGCCUCAUCUGACGACGACGUCAGCUUCGCGAAGCUCUUGGGGCUGCAGCUCGCACCAAUGAAGUGGCCAUCAUUACUCAUGAACUUCAUUCACUCUCCAAAGAUAUACGACCGACUCGACGGCGCUACCUCUAUCUGUUGCGCCAGGACAUCGCUGGCGAGUUGGUGGCGGCCCACUUGCGGGACCGCAGCGCUGAGGUUGCGCGAUUAUCUAGGUGGCCAGGCGGCGACCUAUUACACAAUUGCUGGCGGAAAUUGCCCCGUCUCCGAGAGGAUUUGGCAGGCGGCGGAGUGCGAGAGCGCUGUUGCAUCGGUAGGUAUUAUUGCGUAUGCGAAGGGAAUGACGGGUUCGUGGGAAUGGACGCCGCCAGGAUGCUGGGUUAAGUUGCCCUAUGCUGGAACUUACUGGGCCAUCACGACCACCAACGCGUCCGCCAACAAUGGCCAGUACUCAGCGAUUUGCCGUGAUCCGACGCCGGCACCGACUGCGGCGACGCCCAGUCCGACGCCCAGUCCUACGCCGAGCCCAACGCCCAGUCCGACGCCCAGUCCGACGCCCAGUCCGACGCCCAGUCCUACGCCGAGCCCAACGCCCAGCCCAACUGCGCCGCUUUAUUGUCUGCAGGUUGUCACUGGCACUGGGUCCAGCAAUCAAGGCAGCGUGGACGUGAGCGUGGACGUGGGCAUUGGACUUGUGCAAGAGGCCUCCGGAUUCUAUGCCCAAGGUGCAACAGUGCUCUCGAAGUGUUUUUCCAGCGCGAUCCUGGCGCUGCAGAUGCAUAAUCCAACAACGGAUGCCUGGGCAGGCAGCAUGCUGUAUUCCACAGAUGGUGGCAACACGUACGUAUCUGUUGCAUGCGCAGACUGUUCGGGGACAACAGAUUCAGGCUCCAUGGUUUUCGAUGGAAACACCGACGGAGCCAACCAGGGUUCGACCCAGUGCCUCAAUGGAAAUACGUGCAGCUUCAUUAUGCCGACUCUUGCGCCGACGAUGGCGGCGCCGAAUCUUGGAGGGGUCGGCGCCACCGGCGAUCACCCUUAUUUUCCAGGGCUCGCGGCCAUGGGAGCGUGGACUCCGCGUCAUUUACGAAGGGUCCUGGUCUGGAAGCGCGGACGCAUGGUAAUUUACAUACGGUCUUGACCCUGCGGGGGCGGACACAGUGCAAUUCACAUGGGAUCCUGGCC